CAUUCGAAUCUUGUAAAAAUUCCCAGUUGAACUUCAUUUUCGACCCGUUCAGAAAUCGUAAAUGUUUUUAUAAAAAAAACCCACCAAAAGGAAAAAAAGGAAACAUAUUAAAUUGGUUGCAAGGUCAAGGCCCAAAAUUCGGAAACUCUUAGAAUGACCAUUCAACGACUGAAGUGUGACCUCAGCCCCGAGCUGACCACCUGUCUGCGGCUCAAGGACUGCGUCCGCCCGGACUGCUGUCCCAUCCGGGAUUCGAUUCCCUACGAUGCCGAGUGUUUUGUGGGGGACAUCCGCAAGGAGCUGGACCAGUUGUUCCGACGCCACGAGCGGAUGUUUGUGAAGCGCAAGCGGCUCAUGGAGAUGGCCGUUCCCAACCGGCGCUACUGCCGCUUUGUGCCCAAGUGCGCCUGUCCCUUUCCCAAGGCCAUCGAGAUGGUGCGCCCAUGCGAUGCCCAGAGUCACACACGCACCGAGCAAUUGGCCCUGCCCACGGUGCGCCGGCUGCUCCAACGGCGGAGGACGGCCAUCCUGGCCGGCGAUUCGAUUGGCGAGUCCAUCCUGAACAGGUGGCUGCGCUACAGCUACAUGUCGCUCUACAGUCGCCUCGCAAACACCCAGCCCCUGGUGAAACCGAAAAAAAAGAAGAAGAAGACGGAAAAGCAGCUGGCUCGGCAUGAAAAGUACAUAGAAAAGUUGGCAAAGCCAAAGAAAACGCCAAAGCCCCCAAAACCGGAACGCGGAGAGGGUCAGUUCGACCAGCAGCGCCUCAACCAGCUGGCGUGUCCCAAGGCCUACUUAGAGGAAAUCAAGCCCAAGUGGGAGCUGACCUCCCAGAUGAAGGGCUACAAGGCGACCAAGCGGAUCAAGCAAAUAUCCCAGCCCGUCAUGCGGGAGAAUGUUCACAUCAACGAAACGCCCGAGAAGGUUUCGCCCAGUGCCCUUCACUACAAGCCGAGUGCCCGCAUCAAGGAGAUGUCCGUUCCGCUCACCUCGCGCGAUGCCAACCAGGGACUGGCGGACGUCAAGGAGAAUCCUUUUGGGAUCGCCCCAAACGCGCUCAAGUACAAGCCGAGCACGCGCAUCAAGGAGCUGGCGGAGCCCAAGGAGUUCGAGAACACGCACAUCCGGGAGAAUCCCUUCGCCAUUUCGCCGGCGGCUCUGAAGGCCAAGGCCUCGCCACGCCUCAUCGAGCUGGCCAAGCCCAAAGGCGGAUAAGUCCCAUCGUAUUUGGCGUUCUAAGUUUUGCAUUUUGGAUAUAUUUGGUAAUGAGUUUUCUAUUAAAAUUGUCUUUGGUUUUUUAAAAUAUA